CACAUGCUGAAUGAAUUCAGUGACACUCUCAGUGAACGGGACGCAGGGGCGCUUUUCCCGUCUCGGUUUGGGAAGGAAGGACUCACUACAGCCGGUGCAGCAUGUGAAAGUCCAACACGGGCGACUUUCUCCUCUUUUCUUUUUACACAUUUUGCAGCCAGUCUCUAAUCAGAGAUAAGCAAUUCCACCGCACUGAUUUCUCCACUGAAAUGCCGUCAUGUCACGCGUGAAUGUCAGCUGGAUUAUAACGGUGCUCGCGGUGGAGCUCGCGACACUGUCCGCCGCGCACGCUCACAGCUGUCACGAGGUGAAAACGGCGUUUCAGGUGCGUCAGAUCGGCCAGCUGAAAUGGGUGCCGGAAACACCUGCUACAGAUGUGGACCUGUCAGUGUGCAAGCACGCUGGGCCAUCAUGUUGUACGCGAAGAAUGGAAGAGAGCUACAGAGCGGCAGUCCUGAGAGACACCACCCAGAACAUCAGAUCAUACAGCUUUGAGCUGAAAUAUCUCAUUUCUGCACAUGCCACCGCCUUCCAGGAUACGUUCCAGUCUCUAAUAUCAUUCUCUCAGAAUCACCUGACCUCUCUGUUCGAGACCGCAUACUCUUCCCUCAUGUCGUCCAUCUCCCCUCACAUCGUCUGCCUCUUUACUGACCUAUCUCGCUUCCUCCAAGGCACCGGCAACGUCUCUGUCGAAACCGCCGUACACUGUUUCUUCGACAGUCUGUUCCCGUUGGUCCACACUCAUAUUGUCAAUCCCGGCAUGGCCGGGAGCGUCGGCGGAGACACUUCUGACGGCAACCAGCUCGGCGACUGUCUCCGCAUGACGAGGCAGGACGUUAACCCCUUUGGGCCACACCCAAAAGCGAUGGCAAAGUCACUUGCGGAUGCAUUGCGGGCAGGGCGGGUGCUCAGCUUGGCGCUCGGUGUAGGGUCAGAGGUGAUGAACAUUACGGACUCGGCGGAGUUAUCAAAAGAGUGCACGCGUGCACUGGUGCGCAUGCAUUACUGCUCUCAUUGCCGUGGGCUCACCCUGAUCCGGGCAUGCAGCGGCUACUGCCUCAACGUCAUGCGUGGGUGCUUGGCCAGCCUCUCAGAGCUACAUAACCCAUGGAGACAGUAUGUCACCGUGCUGCAGGAUCUCACACACAUGGUCGCUGGAGCGCACAACCUGGAGCUCGCUUUGCUGGGGAUCAGAGGUCAAGUUGAGGAGGCCAUUCUCUAUGCUCAACUCCACGGGCCAAGGCUAACUGCCACGGUGGAUAAGGUAUGUGGUCACUCUUCAAACACGUCUUCAAGCACAGUAGGGACGUUUCCUCCGAUUUCGGUCACACCUCCACCUGCCAACAUCUCGCAGGACGUUCCAAGGGCAGAUAAAAUCGGCGUGUUGGCACACCUUCACAGUUCACUCCCUCUGAAAACCUCCAAGAGCGAUAGAAGUAGAACUCUGAAAAAGGUUGCACGGGAGUUUACAGGCUACAUCUCCCGAUACAAGUCCUUCUUCGCCAUACUUCCAGAGACGUUGUGUGAAGGAGAGAUGGGCGUCGAUGAGCUCACGUGUUGGAGUGGAGACGACGUGGUCAAAAGUUAUACUGCAAGAGUGGUGGGCAAUGGAGUUCAUGCUCAAAGACAGAAUCCAGAAGUAAGGGUCAGAAGUGCUGAUCCUGUGCUUAUGGAUGUUAAAAACAGACUUGAGCUCUUCAACAUGGAGAUUCAAGAGGUCAUGCCUGGUGUGGGGCACAGGGAAUCCUGGGAUGACACGGGCAGUGGGGAGAGCAGUGGAGAAUGUGAUGAUGAGGACGGUUGUGAAGGUUCUGGAGAGUCUGUGGCAUCUCCCCCUCUCACAGAAGCUGAUGUAUCCAAAAAGGCAGUAAAGGUCUCUUUCCACGACUCGCCCAUCACCCGGAACAAUCCUUCAUCUGAUGCUUCUCUUUCCAUGGCCAGUUUCAUCAUCAUCAUCCUCGCUCUGGGGCUGCAGUUGCCCUUCAUCUGAAAGGCCACAACCGCAUACACACACAAAGAUCAUAUGAACACACUGGUGAACAUCAUAAAGAAAUGUCAGGCUCUUAUUCCCUCAAAAAUCAAAAGAAAAAAGAAAGUAUAUAUUGCAUAACGAAAAUGAUGCAUUUUACAAAUUUUAUUUAAUUCGAAAUUAAAUCCUGACAGUUUAAGCAAAAAGUGGGAAAGUUUUUUUCAUUCUCAUUACUGUAAUACAAAAAAAGGAAAUCAUAUAUAUAAUUUUCUUGCAAUAUUUUUUUUGUAUUACACUAGGCUACUAGUAAAGGUUGAAUUGGAGUUAAUUGUCAUGGAAAUACUGUCAUAAAAAAAGAAAUAAUAAUAAGUGUUAUGGUCUUAAUGCAAAAUCUAAUUUCUUAUUUCCUUCUUUUGAUUUUGGGGUGACACAUGACCUGGGCAUUUCCUGACAGUUUAUAUGAGCUACACUGUAUCCCUACAAAUUCCCAUUGCAAGGUUGUUUUAUUAUGUUCCCAGCCUUCUGUGACAGCCCCAUUUUUGUGGAAGACUCCAUCAGGGAGACUAGCAGUGCUCUCUGGGCUUUAAGUGUUAACACUCUCCACAGACUUAUUGUAUCUGAUUGUAUCUGUUAUCAUCACCGACUGGGACUGUGGAAUGCAUGACAAAAUAUGUGCAUCUGUGGAAACAUUGCUCAUGACCACACAACAAAAAAGAAAACAGAAACUGUCUGCUCUCUACACAAUCAGCAAGGGAUAUUACCACACACACACACACACACACACACACAGAGCAUUAUUGAAUGAAACUAUGAAUAUGCACAUUUAGUAUGUAUAUAGUUUGAACUGGCGCUGAAUUUAUAGAACAACGAAUGUUUAACUAAAGUAUCACACAAACAUUUUUUAAUAUUUCAUCAGCUCUAGCCGAAGCCCACACAAAUAUAGUUACACAGAUCUUACAAUGUAUUGGAAACUGGGGCUUUGCCGUUACCUUUGCACGACUUUCAUGGCUUUAAAGGGCUUGAAACAUCCCUUUACUACUUAACAUAUUUUUUAAAUCCUGCAUUUACCUUCCCAGUGCACCGCCUUUCUAUAAAAACUCACUUUUAACUUAAUGUUGUACGUUUAUUAAAUAUAUUUGCUAUAUACUCUGUCAUUUGGAGUAUACUCGAUCAGUUUCAUGAGAUUCAAAUUUGAUCGAAUUACAUAUUUGAAAUUGCACUAAACUUAUUUUAAAAUUGUUUUUUUUUUCCCCCAAAUGUGUGAUGCAGGUUUGCGUGAAUGUUGUCAUGAUUAAUGAAAAAAGUAAAAAAAAAAAAAAAAAAUUAAAAUUAAAAAGGCUGUUAAAAGCCCCACAGAUAUGCAGAAUGCCUUUCUUUUAUAAAUAAUGAACUUAAAGCAAAGCAAUGCAAGAGGUUUAGAGAUGCCAAAUAUUUUCUAUAAUAGCUUCUUUAGCAAUCUGUUCAUAGCAACAUAAAAAAAAAAAACAUUUUUAUUUCCUAUUGUAUGUUAACUUUUUAAGAGUCAGUAUUAAAACAUUGCUUUAGUUCUUACACAGAAGCAAAGAGGGUCUGUAAACAUUUUUUAUGUUAAGCUUUUGUUGUUGUUGUUGUUUCUGGUUGCACAUAAAUUGCUGCACUCCAAAAAAUAUUGGGUUGUUUCAACCCAUGUUAGGGGUCAAAUAUGGACAAACCCAACCGUUGGGUUUAAAAUUUAAUUAAAAAAUUUAAACCAAUUGUUGGGUUUGUUCAUAUUUGACCCAAACAUGGGUUGAAACAACCCAGCAUUUUUUAGAGUAUACAUUUGAUUUGUCUCAUAUCUCUCUGAUGUUGGUUCUAUAAUGUUUUUAUAUGAACGUUCACAAAUCUUCAAACAUUCUUAAACAUUAACAAACCAUCCAUUUAGCCUCAAAUAACACUGAUACACAGAGAGUGCGAAUUACGCAGAGUCUGGACCCUUAGGCUAGAUGAUGACCCCACAAAUUUGAAAAAAAAAAACAAGGGUUCGGGGUUCUACCUUGUGGUUUCCAUUAGGUCCAAUAUUGGGUUGUACUUUGACAAAUCCCAAGUCAUGUCAUUAUUUAUCUUGUCAUAACUUCACAUAUCACAAAUAUGUCAAAAAAAAAAAAAAAAUCCUUUAAACAGCUUUUAAGAUGGUGAACCUUUGGCUAACUGAAAUGCUAUUUGGAAUUGCAUGAGAUGAACCUGAUUGACCCUAAAAUGUUGGCAUUAUUUAAUCACCUUCACCCUGAGGGUGAGUAAAUAAUGACAGAAUUUAUUAUUAUUAUUAUUUGGUGAAUUGUUCCUUUUAAUAUCGCACUCUAAAUAUGUAUCUAUAUUCCUUUCCAUUUACAAAAUAAAUUUAAAAAAAGUCGAAGGCUAUUGUGUAAUUCGCACCCUGAAUAGAGUUAAUGCAAACACAAAACUGAUGUUUUUACGCCAUUGCAGUACAACUGUCAUUUCUGUGAAUGGCUGUAAAAUGGAUUGCGAUUACAGUUUGUUUGCUGUGUUUUAUUUGUUUGUUCAUGUUUUGGUUGUACGGUUCAGUGAAUGAAGCUACUGAAAAACUCAGAUAUACACAGCGCAUAUAAAAAGUUGGUCAAACAGCUAAUAAACUAAUUCUCUGCUCAUUUCAGAAAAUUUCAA